UAGGAUCGCUCGGACAUAUCGUCGCAGUACUCAGAGAGCGCAGACGACUCAAGCACAAUCACUGCCAAUCUGCGGAGUUAAAACAAAUUCGUUCUAUAUGGGAAAUGAGUCAGCAAAUAAUGAGGUUCGGAAACCAUUCAUGUGCCAAGUCAGUGGCAAAUACAAAGCCUUCAAAAGCAGCACUGCUCCUCCUGCCGUUGUAAUCGAGCACAGUUGUUUAGUAGCGCAUGGACACGACUGGAAAUUUGUUGUCAAAUGUCGAACACCAUCAAGUCACCACGAGAGAAAUACUACAAACUCGUGCGUUUGGCGAGAAGUCACUGAUGUUUUUCCAGAUGCCAGGGUAGAACAGAAACACAACGACUUUGUUGUGACUCUUCCUCAACUGAAGGAGGACAUUGAAAUUGCAGCUUUUGGAAUUCCAGGAACAGAAGACCAGAAACGAAUGAAAAUGGCAAUCUUUGGAAAAAAGCCGAUCCAAGGAAGGGACUGGAAAUUAAAGGUUUAUCUCAUAGAUGACUCGACUAUAGCUUUUAAGAACGUCUGCGACAAAGAGGAGAGUUUUGGAAACAACUUGUUAACAACCCUUGCUGGUUUAUUUGUGUCAAACAGUAAAGAAGAUAUCAGAAUUGAAAUCAACCCCAUUGAAACUGGAUGGAAAGUCAAAGGAAACAAAGUCCAGAAUAUUACAGCAAAAGAUGCCUGGCACUCACUUGAAAAUUUCAAGGACUUUCCUCACUGCCAAUUUAACAUCGAGCCCGUCAGCAAAUCGAAGCAAGCAUUCUUUUGUGGAAUAACAGCAUCGCACGGAAGAGAUCAGGCUAACACGGAACUAGUGGCAUAUUUUGAACAGGAGAGAAGCAUAGGAGAACUCAACCAACCAUCUAAAACGCUUCAGACACUGAACAACACCACCCCCUAUGUGAGAAAUGAGAUGAGCUUCUUAAUCUUCCUAGCUGCUCUUGUGGCCCUAGGAUGCAAAAGCACACGUUUAAAAGGAUCAGCCCAGCACGUCAACAUUUGUUGCGAAGCAAGAACGUCUUUAGUCUGGUCAUGCUGAACACAACUGCCACCCAAACCUAAUCAAGACCUUCCGAGAAAAUAAAGCUUAAGUAGAAAUCAAGAAAUAUUUGAAGGAUCUCCGUAUCAGUUGGCAAAUAAACACAAAUCCCUUUUACAACUUUUAUUGAUAAAAGAAUUACAUUCUGUUCGCUUUAUAUGUUGUAGUUGUCAAUUGAAAAUCAGUUUACUAUUGGUGUUUUAAAUGAUAAAUAUCCGGAGUAACUUAUUACCAAUGAUUGUUGUUUAGAAUAAGUUAAGGAAAAAAAUUAUAGAAUUAUA